CUUUGACCGCUGUUGAGCAUAUCGCUUUCAGCUCAGUUUCUUAUAGAGGGAACUCGACAAUCAUCUCGUCACUCAAUUGGUAGCAGGCUCAUGUAGGUCACGCGAUGAGCGGAAAGCGAACUGAAUGCAUCGCCAUCAACACUCCGUAGUACCUUUCCCCUCAAGUUGACGCUAGAUCCAUAGGACUUCAAAGGACACUGGAAAGAAGGGAUCCGUACCAAUAAGUUCAGAGAGUUGCUGACAGUGCCUAAACGAAGCUCUAACAAUGACCCGAUCCUACCAAUUCGAGAUAGCCCCAUCUGAACCGUAGCUCGUCAGCGACCAAAAUCAAGACGAGGGAACGGUUUAUCAGCAGCUAUGAACAACAUUGAUUUGGAAUGGAUAUCACAACAUGACUUUUUGACUAGAGCUCAGGUGGCUUCAUGCUGUUCAACCGAUUAGUAUAGACGUGCGGCCAACAUCGCAAUUGCUCCAUCUCUUCACAUCCAUCUCAAGACAAACAAGUAUUAUUAUUUACUUCCUUCAUCAUCUUUAAUAUGGAUCAUCAAUUACACCCUACCCUAUACGAUGGUAAGGAUUUACAGCUAGAGGUUAACCAGAGUGACCCGCCUGACCAGGAGUCAAGGGGGCUCCUCACUAAUCUGCAUAGGAGAAACCAAACCAUCCCGAGACUGCAGUGGAAGACAAGAUCGGGGAUGAUAACCUUAACCAUCCUGAACCUCAUUUUGUUCAGCAUCUCUAUUGUAUUGUUUGGAGUGACAUGGUAUAGCCAUAGCUCCACUGUGAAAAAUGCCGAACUCAGGCGUGUCUCUGUAUACAGUCCUGUAUAUGAUUCGAUAGAACUUGGACUCCAUCAGAUCCAAGUGAAUGGAACGUUCUACCCACCAGAUCAACCCUCGAUAGCACGACAAAUGCCCAACCCAGAGGCGGACAGCGUAUGGGAGGAUUAUGAGCUAGUCCGCCCGGUGCGGCUCACAAAGUCCCAGAUAAGACAGAUGGGAAAGGAUCCUUUGAAGGUGUCGAAAUAUGAAGAUAAACAUUGGGGUUUUGGCGACGAUGCCUAUGUAGGCGACUUGGAUGUUUUUCACCAGCUGCAUUGCUUGAACACGCUGCGCCAGUAUGCCUAUGCCGAAUACUAUAAUCUGACGGCGAUCGACGCAAGUGAUGGGAACUCGGUUAUGGCUCUACAUGUCAAUCACUGUGUCGAUAUACUCUUUCAGGAGAUCCAGUGCUCUGGAAAUGUUGGGUUUAUUACUUCCGGUUGGGUUGAGAACCAGCGUUACCCGCAGCCUGAUAUGUCAGUAUUCCUUUCCUUCAUUUGACGCUUUUCUUUCUUGUAGCAGUGCUACAUCAAGAAGGGAACCUUAUUAGCUCACUACUGGAUAGGUCUAUCAAUCGCAAAUGUGUCGUAUUUGAGAAUGUGGUCGCCUGGCGUAAUGCUCACUCUGUUGAUGUUGACAAGUAUAGGAAAAUAAUGGCAGAGCCAUAGCGAAUAUUAAGAUGCGGGGGAAUUAGUAAAGAUCUUUCUAGGAAAAGAUGCCAUGUUUGAAACGGUCCCAAGCACUGAGCAAUCACCUAGGCUUCUCAAAGCCUAACGCCUCCGAACCCAAGAACGUGCCAUGGGGCGCAGCAUCCUACUACAUUUCUCUUAACUCCGAACAUCCCCAUGGCCAUUGUAGGACGGGCUCAUAAAAACACUCAGCUGUCCCAGCGUUCGCAAGAGGGGCCCCGGUGUUGGGAAUGGGUUACCGAGUGAUGGUCAUAAAUAUGUAUAAUAAUGUGCUGAUGCAUAUGCCCAGUGCUAUGAUAUAAGAAUGGCUGUAUUCUUAUGUAAAAUAUCAAUGUGAUUCAUAGGAAUGAUAUAUUCUUUUUACUUGCCCGCUCUAAGCUAGACGGCGCACACGUGUUAUCUGAGACAGUGUCACAGUACAGUACUAUAUAG